UCGAUUUCCAAUGGUGCUUUGUUGAACGCAAUUCGAGCGACAUGAAAGGGAAGAGCAAUGCUACGAUCCACUGCCUUUUCCCAGAGAUUUUGGCCAUUAUUUUUAGUUAUUUGGACAUAAGGGAUAAGGGAAGAGUUUCCCAAGUGUGCUCAAAAUGGAGAGACGCAGCUUACAACCGUUUGGUAUGGCGCGGUGUUCAAGCAAGACUACAUUUGAGGAGGUCAAAUCCAUAUCUAUUUCCUUCGCUAGCGAAACGUGGUAUUCGAAAAAUCCGUAUACUGAGUCUUAAAAAGAGCUUGAACUACGUUAUACAAAAUCUACCGAAUAUAGAAAGCUUAAAUCUGAAAGGAUGCUAUAAUGUGACGGAUAUUGGAAUUGGGCAUGCGUUCGUUAAAGAUCUCUCGUCUCUGACAGUGUUAAAUCUAAGUUUGUGCAAACAAAUCACCGACACAAGUCUUGGACGAAUCGCUCGAUUUUUGAGCAAUUUAGAGGUGUUGGAUCUCGCUGGAUGUUGUAAUAUAACGAACACAGGACUACUUCUUUGCGCAUGGGGCUUACCGAAGUUAAAAUACUUGAAUCUUCGAAGCUGCCGACAUAUUUCGGACACCGGCAUCGCACAUCUCGCAGGAUUGAAUGCGAGUUCAGCGCGCGGAAACAAGAAUUUAACUACUUUGUGUUUACAAGACUGUCAAAAGAUCACCGAUAACGCACUAAGCAACAUAGCUAAAGGACUAGUGCAUUUAGAGUCCAUCAAUUUAAGCUUCUGUUGUGGAAUUACGGAAAGCGGACUUUCUCAUUUAGCUGGUCUGCGAAGCCUUCGUGAAUUGAACCUUCGAUCUUGUGAAGGUAUUGGCGACGAGGGAAUAGCACAUUUGGCAGUAGGAGGCCUUAAUUUAACGUACCUAGAUGUGAGCUUUUGCGAAAAAGUGGGAGAUGCAGCACUGAAUCAUAUAUCAAAUGGACUUCAUCAUUUGAAAAAUUUAGGUUUGAAUUCUUGCCAUAUUACAGACGAUGGUCUGUGCAAGGCUGCGCGGAGUCUACACGACCUUCGCGUUUUGAAUAUUGGCCAAUGCACGCAAAUCACGGACGCAAGCUUGGUUUCUAUCGCCGAAAACUUAACUAGUAUAACGAACAUUGAUCUUUAUGGCUGUACUAGAGUCACUAAAGCUGGACUGGAGAAAUUAAUGCAUCUACCUCAUCUUCAAGUUCUCAAUUUAGGCUUGUGGCAGAGAUGACCCAGCGCUAACACAGCUGUGGCACAGUUGCUCGUAAUUUUAUACACCACAUGUCGCAGCUAAUUCGGGUAAAUUCGAUUUAUUUCUGAUACACCUUGGUCGUGAAAUACAGGCCAAUCUCGAGCGAGAGAUCGACCUUUUUUUUCAGUCGAUUUCUUCGUGUAUUUUUAGUUCAAUGCCAUCGUGUUCCAAUGUCACUCAUGAAUUGAAUAUGUGAAUAAAUUUUACUAAAAAUGGUU